AUGGAGGCCGGAAAAUGGGUAGCCACGGCGGCGAGCAUUUGGAUCCAGUGCAGCUGCGGCGCUUCCUACGCCUUCGGAAUCUACUCGCCCCUCCUCAAAUCCAGCCAGGGCUACGACCAGUCCACCCUCGACACCGUCUCCGUCUUCAAGGACAUCGGCGCCAACGCCGGCGUCCUCUCCGGCCUCCUCUACUCCGCCGCCCCCCGCCGUCCAUGGAUCGUCCUCGCCGCUGGCGCCGCCCAGUGCCUCGCCGGAUACUCUUUCCUCUGGCUCGCCGUCACCAGAGCCGUGCCGCGGCCGCCCGUGGCGGCCACGUGCCUGUUCAUGUUCUUCGCCGCCCACGCGCAGACGUUCUUCAACACCGCGAAUGUCGUCACGGCCGUACGCAAUUUCCCCGACUACAGCGGCACCAUCGUCGGGAUUAUGAAGGGCUUCCUUGGCCUGAGUGGUGCAGUACUCAUACAAGUUUACCAGACACUAUUUGCCAAUAAACCAAGCACUUUCCUACUAAUGCUUGCCUUAUUACCAUCUCUAAUGUCCCUUACCUUAAUGUUCCUAGUAAGAGUCGAUGCAAAAAAACCCACAAACCACAACAAGAGCUACUUAAACGGCUUCUCGUUGAUCUCGAUUCUCCUCGCAACUUAUCUCAUGUUCCUAAUAAUCUUGAACAACGUUGUCCCGUUGCCUCAGUGGGCCCGCCUUCUAACCUUGUCUCUUCUUGUGAUCCUCCUCUCUUCGCCAAUCAAAGUUGCCGUAAAAGCUCACAAACACAAUUCGGAAAGACCUUCAUCCACUCUAAAGACACCAUUAGUUGACGAUCAAGGGCCUGAAAAUCCCGUGCAAAACACAAAUGUUGCCGGGGAAGAGCUUAAUAUUUUGCAAGCCGUGCGUACUUUGAACUUUUGGCUUUUGUUUGUGGCGAUGUUGUGUGGGAUGGGUUCGGGUCUUGCCACUAUCAACAACAUUAGCCAAAUUGGGGAGUCCCUUGGGUACACGGUUAGAGAGAGGAGCACAUUGGUCUCGUUGUGGAGUAUAUGGAAUUUUCUUGGCCGGUUAGGGGCCGGUUUUGUUUCGGAUAUUUUCUUGCACCGAAAAGGGUUGGCGAGGCCGUUGUUCAUGGCUCUUACUUUGGCGGCUAUGGCGGGUGGCCACAUCAUCAUUGGCUCGGGUUUUCCAGGCAACUUAUACGUGGGUUCAGUUUUAGUUGGUGUUUGUUACGGUUCGCAAUGGUCUUUGAUGCCCACCAUAACCAGUGAGAUAUUCGGAAUUUCUCAUAUGGGGACUAUAUUCAACACCAUUGCAAUUGCGAGCCCUCUCGGAUCGUAUCUACUGUCUGUGAGGGUAAUAGGGUAUAUUUACGACAGACAAGAAUCGAGCACGGAUGGGUCUUGCACUGGCACUCAUUGUUUCAUGUUGUCCUUUUUCAUAAUGGCUUGUGUUAGUUUUGUUGGGUUCUUGGUGGCUUUGGGUUUGCUGGUUAAGACAAGGGGAGUUUAUGCUAGGAUUAUCCAGAGAAGCAUGUGGACUUGA